AUGUCUAGGAACAAAACUGCAAGGAAUUUGAAUAUUUCAGAAAGAAUUAAAGGUCCAUGGAGUGCCGAAGAGGACAAGAUCCUGACCCGAUUGGUGGACCAAUAUGGGGCUCGUAGUUGGUCCUUGAUAAGCAAAUACAUAAAGGGACGAUCAGGGAAGUCGUGUCGACUCCGGUGGUGCAACCAGCUCAGCCCAAAUGUUGAACACCGCCCCUUUACAGCGGCAGAAGAUGAGAGCAUUUUGGCUGCUCAUUCAAAGUACGGCAACAAAUGGGCUACCAUUGCUCGGUUGCUGCCGGGUCGAACAGACAAUGCUGUGAAAAACCAUUGGAAUUCAACAUUAAAAAGAAAAUAUUCCGUGGAUGGUGCAAAAGAUAUUGCAUCUGGAUCUAAUAAUAGAAAACGUAAUGAGAUUAUUUGUAACGCUGGGGUAUGUCAAAUGAGCAGUGGUUUUGAUGAUUGUAAUGAUCCUAUAACAGCAUUAACAUUGGCGCCACCGGGGAUGCCGGAGAGGCGGCCAGAGAUUUUUCCUGUGGGGUUUUGGGAUGCCAUGAGGACUGUGAUAGCCAGUGAGGUGAGGGAGAACGUGACUACAUCAUUUUCUGAAGCUUCCUCACAGUUCCAUUAG